AUGCUGUACAACAAUUAUACUGAAAAAAAUAAUUCGGCUGGUCACAAUGAUGUGACUAUCAAGGCUAGAGAUGUUAGUGAAGUUUCCUAUGAAUUUGGAAAACCUCCAUCCCGUUUUGAAAAAUUCAUCGAUUCCUUUAAACCUAUAGAUUUAGAAGGUGAUGGAUUUGAUACUACCGGUAUGACUUCUAUAGAGAAAUCAGUCAUUGCCAGUGCUAGACAUCCUUUGGCCAGAAGAUUAAAAUCAAGACAUUUACAAAUGAUUGCCAUUGGUGGUUCCAUUGGAACUGGUCUUUUUGUUGGAAGUUCUUAUGCUUUGUCAUUAGGUGGUCCAGCAGGUAUGUUAAUUGGUUAUGCUUUAGUGGGUUAUUCCAUGUUAUGUGUUAUUUACUCUCUUGGUGAAAUGUCUGUUCAAUUUCCUGUUUCCGGUUCUUUUAACGCUUAUUUUACCAGAUUUAUUGAUGAUUCUUGGGGUUGGACUUUAGGUCUUUUAUAUGCUUGUUCAUGGUUAAUUUCUUUCCCUUCCGAAUUGAUUGCUUGUUCUUUAACUGUUCAAUAUUGGACAAAAAGUGUUGAUCCUGCAGUUUGGGUAGCAAUAUUUUAUCUAAUUAUUGUAUCCAUUAAUCUUUUUGGUGUUAAAGGGUACGGUGAAGUAGAAUUUGCUUUAUCUUUAAUUAAAGUAUUAGCAGUAGUUGGAUUUUGUAUUGUAGGUAUCUGUAUCAUUAACGGGGUUGGAUCUCAAGGCUAUAUUGGAGGAAGAUAUUGGAGUGAUCCCGGAGCUUUCAAUCAUGGAUUUAAAGGAAUCUGUUCGGUAUUUAUCAGUGCUGCAUUCAGUUUCGGUGGUAUCGAACUUGUAGCAUUGGCUGCUGCCGAAACUAAGAAUCCUAGAAAAUCUCUUCCUAAGGCUACUAAACAAGUCUUUUGGAGAAUUACUUUAUUCUAUAUUGUAUCAACUAUUGUUGUUGGUCUUUUAGUUCCUUUCAACGAUGAAAGAUUAUUAAGUGGUUCUUCAUCAGAAGAUAUUACAUCUUCCCCUUUUGUUAUUGCCAUUCAAAAUGGUGGUAUUAAAGUUUUGCCUCAUAUAAUGAAUGCUGUUAUUUUAGUGGCCGUGGUGUCUGUUGGUAAUUCAUCAGUUUAUGGUUGUUCUAGAACUUUAGCUUCGAUGGCUGCGCAAGGUUUGAUUCCUUCUAUUUUUGGUUAUAUUGACAAAGCAGGAAGACCAAUGGUUGCUAUUAUGUUUACUAAUUUAAUUGGUUUAUUAGGAUUCCUUAUUGAUAGUGAUAAUCAAGAUACUGUAUUCACAUGGUUCUUCUCGGUAUGUUCAUUAGCUGCCUUCUUUACCUGGAUUUUCAUUUGUCUUGCUCAUAUUAGAUGGAGAUGGGCAUUAAAAUCUCAAGGUAGAUCUUUAGAUGAAGUUAUAUUUGAAUCUCCAAUGGGAAUGUUUGGUUCUUAUUCCGGUGCACUUAUCUUAAUCUUGAUUGUUGUUGGUGAAAUUUGGGUUUCUGUUUAUCCAAUUGGAGAAGAUUCUGCUUCAUAUAUGAAUUUCUUGCAAAAUUGUUUAUCUUUACCAUUAUUAAUUCUUAUGUAUGUUGGUCACAAAACAUACCGUAGAUCAUGGAAUAGAAUAAUGAUUAAGUUGGAAGAUAUUGAUUUGGAUACAGGAAGAAUAACUGUUGAUCUUGAAUUGUUAAAGCAAGAAAUUGCUGACGAUAAGAGAUGGUUGAAAUCUCAAUCUUUCUACUAUAGAUUUUAUAGAUUCUGGUGUUAA